AUAAUGCAAAAACAACUUUGUAUAGCUGUCCUAGUAACAGAUUCUGUUUCAAUUCCCAUUCAAGAAAAGCAUGGCGAUAUGUUUGACAUGUUCCAAAAAGCUUUCCAACAAGCCGCGGCAAUCAAAGCAACCGAUGAAAUGGAUCCUCAACAAGUAGCCCUGCAAUUUGUACGCUUUGAUGUAGUGAAUCAUCCUCCACAAUACCCUAGCAAGGAUGAUUUGGAUGCUGGAAAAUAUGAUGGAAUCAUUAUUACUGGUUCUACCAAAACGGCAUUUGACAAUGAACCAUGGAUCUGUCGUCUUGAACAAUUUAUUCAAGAUUUACAAGAAAAUCAUUAUGAUCAUCAACAAAACAAAUUGGGUCUUCCUUCCUUGGAUAACCUACAACUACCUAUCAGACGGUUCAAAGUACCUUUACUUGGUGUUUGCUUUGGUCAUCAAAUCAUUGCUCGUGCUUGUGGUGGUGUCUGUCAACAAAAUCCUAAUGGAUGGGAAUUCGGUCCUACUCUGAUUCAACUUACUGAUGAAGGUCAACAAUUUUUACAAACGAAAGGAAAAACAUCAAUGCGUUUGAAUCAAUUCCAUCGUGAUCAUGUUCCUUAUUUACCUCCAGGCUUUGUCCGAUUGGCAACCACAGAACCUCAUACUUAUAUUCAAGCCAUGAUGUCUACCGACGGACGAUGUAUCACAUCUCAAGGUCAUCCAGAAAUCAAUUGUGGUGCAACAGAAAUGUAUUUGGAUCAAUUAGAAUCACAUAUUCCUCAAGAUCUUGCUAUGGAUACUCGCAUUCGACUCAAGACACAAGCCUCUUCUAUGGAUAGUCUUUGGUUUGCUGGUAGAUUACUCGAUUUCUUUUUGUGUCGAUUGCCUCCUCCUUGUUCCUUCAACAAUGAUGAUCCUAGUGUAGAAGAAAAACAAUCUGAGGAUCAAACUGUUCCUUCUUUAAUACUUUAG